AUGGAACCAAGCGACCGCAGUCGGAAAAAAAUCUUCCGCGGUGGAAGUGUGCACAAUGAGGAUGUGGCGCUUCAAGUUUCUCAACCCACUCAGCCAGAUCACUUUGCCCCAAAUCUUGGGGUGGCAAGUAUCAAAAACUCGCCCGGCGACAACUCGGGUGAUAAAGAGAGCCCCAUAGGAGGUCGAACGUCACAAGUCGUGCAGAGGAAAGCCUCCAUGAGCCGGCAGUCGGCAUCCUCAAUUGCAAGUCGUCUUCAGGCGUUUGAUGAGCGUACUUCGGCCGUCGGGCUGACUCACCAGAUAAUCGACGAUUUUAGUCCCGAGACGGUACUUGAAAGUUCCACAUCAGCGCUGCCCGGUGGUCGCGUCGAAGUCAGACAUUCAAGAGGCAGGCAGCAAGAACACUUGCCCCUGGAUCAGCUCCUGGGCAUCACAUUGCCGCCAAAAGUGGUGACUGACUAUCUGCUCGACAAAUAUAUCGACGCUGUACACUGGUUCAUGACCAUUUUUCAUGAACCGAGUCUCCGGUCGACCUACGACAGGCUAAUGACUUCUCGAAGUUGUCCCCGCUCAGGACUAAAUCGGGCUCGGGUGAUCCUGCUUCUCAUCUGCCUCGGAGCACAUUAUGCAGCGGAGGAUGAAAUCCGUCAAAAGUUUCCCUCUUUCGACUUGCUUUCGUUUCGGAAAGAAGCUUUGCAGAAUGUCGAGAGCAACUUGAACGACAUGUAUGAUGCCGCUGGGAUCGAAUCGAUUCAGGUCUGUGUCCUGCUGGGAAGCUUUCACAGCUAUCACGGAAAGCCAAACCUUGCAUUUGUGAUGCUCGGCUCUGGACUUAAGUGUGCACAAUUGAUGAACUUACACAAUGAGUCUUCCUGGCGUGGGCUUUCAGACGUGGCUAAAGAAGAGCGGAGAAGAACCUUUUGGGCAUUAUUUGUUUUCGAUCGCUUUGCGGCAACAAUCUUCGGAAAGCCUUGUGGAAUCCCUCUUGAAGACAUCGAGGUAAAAAUACCUGAGGUCAUAGGCGACAAAACCUUUCAGCACCCUCGUUUCAAAUCUAUGGCAACAAUGCCGAACGGUGACGUCGAAUCUGUGACAACAUUCUCUUAUUUGAAAUAUAAGAUUAAGUUCUACCAAAUAUCCUCGUCCAUUAUCGGCGAUUUGUACUUCCAUCGAAACACAAACGUCAUUGGACUGGCCGCUAAAGUGUCUCGAAUUCAUGAAGAGCUCGUCAACUUUCACAACAGCUUACCGCCUGAAUUAAAACUGGAAGAGCUUUGUCCAACACCAGACAUACCAGUGACUCCUGAGACACGACCAUUCGUAUUGCAAGCUCUUGCAUUGCAGGUCGCAUAUGAUAACGUUCAGAUCUUACUACAUCGCCCACUUCUAUCCCAAGAUCUGCAGGACUUCAAAGAAAACAAAAUCACCAGGUCCGAUGGCCAGUUGAAUCUGCGGGCAGGAAGGCGGUCAUCCUCGCCGUACUCGAGAAAUGUUCACCAAGUCCUUCUUUCAAGUCGAGAUCAUUGCUGGGAGUCUGCGAUACGAUCAUCAAAUCUGGGGAGAUACCAGCAAUGUCUUCGGUCUGCUCGAGAGAGUCAUGCAGCUGCAUUCCUGGGAAUUAACUUAUUUACAGCAGGGAUGGUAUUAUGCGUCAUCGCAUUAUCGCGUCCACUUUCAUCGCAAGCACAGGUUGCUAAACAGGCGGUAGCGCGCAUAAUGGUGCUUUCUCGCUUCUUAGCCGGUCGAGUCCUUCUAUCUGCGCAAACGAACAAAGUUCUGAAGGAUCUUGUACGUCUGGUUGGAGACAAGGAGGUUGACGUGAUAUUGUCAGGAUCCGAGGUCUUCGAAAACGUUGCUGCGGCUGCCACCACCACAAACACCGUGAAAGCACAGGAUUCGCGACCGAUUGAUCCCAUACCCAAACCCGCCGACCCUCCGCCUGCUCAGAUACACCCUCUGAUCGAUAUGCAGCCUCAAUUUCCUGAUACUCAACAGCCAGGAAUAACUGAUCCGGUGAUUGAUCCUACAAAUCCAGCCAACUUCGACUUGUCUGGACUCGAAGAUCUGGACUUUAAUAAUGGACUGUAUACAUUACAGCAAGGAAUACUGACCUACGCAGCAAUGUUCCCGGCAUCGAUUGUCGGAACACCGGACAUUGUUCAAACACAACCCGAGAUUGGGAUGGAUGAGUCUUGGAAUCCCGAACAGUACAAUCCUGAAAGUGCAUUUGUCGAAUCAGUCAGUGGCAGUGAAAAUGGUCUUGUCGGGACUGAUUUUGACAUGAUGAACACUGUUGGACAGACAUGGUUGUGGGAUUCUGUGGCUUGGAAUACUUGA